AUGACUAUGGUCGAAGUGAAGCAAACUAUUCUCAACCACUUUAACAUGUCAAUAGUAAAUGAAUAUGAAGUCGACUUACAUUACAGGUUACCAAUUUUCAUAUCUGCCACCACUGCUCAUUAUAGAUCAUGUAAGAUAUUUGUAGAUGACGACGUUGAGGCAUUGUUUUUAAUGGCAACAGAACAGACUACAAAAGUUCAUGUUGAGAUCAUGACAUUUAUUACAAAAAUCCACCAAAGUGCAACCUCGUCUGAAGUUUAUUAUGAUUUGGCUAAUAACUUCAAUCAUUAUUCAAAACUUUUCUUUGCUACCACUCAUCAGAAUCUUAUUCCGCCUCAAAUGGCACCAAAGAUGUUUGCAUGCAUCUAUGAUAAUGGUGACAUGAUUCCUAACCCAGAAAAUGGUGUUUUGUUUAAGUCUAACACCUGUAUCAUGGUUCAGCUGCAUAGAGGUUUCACAUUUUCACAAUUAAUAGAGAUAAUAUUGCAACGGGCGAAGAAAGAUCCAACCAAUCCACCUCCUGUCCUCCAUUUCAGAUUUCCAACACAAAUUUGUGGUAGACAUGUGACUUACACAUAUGAAACCUCUAUGAAGCUGAACCAUGAUACAGGUGUCAGACUUGAACAAAACACCAUUUUCUAG